UAGAGUUCGACUGUGUAAGCAGUGACGAAACGGUAUCUCGAAUAAAGUCUGCUCUGAUCAUUUCUCGAAUAUUGAGAUACGUUUCGAUUGUUUACUGUGUAAUGAAUUUCUGCAGCGAGUGGUUGUUUCGUGGUGGUUUUACGACGUGAAGAAUAAAAUAAGUUUCCUGAAAAGGAGAAGACCAACGAAAUGUGUCACAUUGAAAAAUAACCCGUGGUGUGCUUAAUACGUAUUAUUUCGUAAAAUGGGUAAACCGAAUGGACCUUGCUGGUGGUGUUUGAAGGCCGUCAAAUGGAUACCCGUUGUCUUUAUCCUGACCGUCGUCUUCUGGUCAUAUUAUGCCUAUGUGGUGCAACUCUGUUAUUAUGCAAUCGAGAGUUAUGUUCAAAAAGCCUUUUACCUAUUUUUCUUCCACAUCUUGUUUCUACUAUUCCUUUGGUCGUACUGGCAAACAGUUUUCACGGAUCUUGGAAGAGUGCCGGACAAGUUUCGAAUACCUCCUGCGGAAAUGGAAAAACUUCAGCAACCUGUAAGUGAAGAAGCUCAAAGGCAAAUUUUAGAACAAUUUGCUCAAGAUCUUCCUAUUACUAAUCGCACGAUCAAAGGAGCAAUCCGCUUCUGCGAGAAGUGUCAAUUAAUAAAACCAGACCGGGCCCACCAUUGCAGCGUAUGUGGAACGUGUGUCCUAAAAAUGGACCAUCACUGUCCGUGGGUGAACAACUGCGUGGGCUUCCAUAAUUACAAGUUUUUCAUGUUGUUCCUGGCUUACGCUCUUCUUUACUGCAUGUUUAUUGCUGGCACUUCUUUGGAAUAUUUUGUCAAGUUCUGGAAGGGUCAGUUGGACGGAGUGGGAAAGUUCCAUUUGCUCUUCUUGUUCUGUGUUGCGCUGAUGUUUGCAGUUAGUCUCACCUCUCUUUUCUUCUAUCAUUGCUACCUCAUUCUGCAUAACAGAUCAACACUGGAAGCAUUCAGACCGCCUAUGUUUCGAACUGGAAAAGACAAAGAUGGCUUUAGUCUUGGAAGAUACAAUAAUUUCCAAGAAGUAUUUGGCGAUAAUUCGCGGCUCUGGUUCCUUCCUGUUUUUACUAGUCUUGGGGAUGGCAAUGUCUACCCUGUACGGUCGCAGCAUCAGGUUGGCUCAAACACUUACAACUCCAUGGGCAGUACUCAGAACAGCUUUGGAGACGGGGUUACCUUCCCUGAACGGCUAUGCGAUGAAGAUACCCACACUUUACUCGGCGAACCACAACGGUGGGGGGAUGAGGCUGAACUCGACUCCCCACCACUAUCUGGCUCUCGUUCAGAUAUGGUAUUAUGGCUCUUGGUAGUUAGCACUGCUGUCAUAGGGAAUCCAGGAAAUGAUGUGAGCGAGCCACUUGUGGAUGCGGAAAAAGCUGUUUGACAAUGGUUCAUACCUUCCUACUUCGUUACACUUCUGAAAAUGAGUAAGCAGAGCCGAAUUGGAGUAAAUGUAGCUAAUUACCAACAGUUUUAAUUUUAACAACAAUGAAAAUUUCGCAGAAACAUACAAAAUAGCUUGGAUUGUGAAAUAUUGAAAUUUGUUGAUGGAACAUGUGGUUUAAUUCGCAGAGAGUAUCAAACAAGUUUCGUACAUGAAUUUUAUUUACUGUCUAUAAAAUAUGCUAUUUUACUAUAUCGAUUAUUAUUUUUAGCAGCUUUGCUAAUAGUGGGCACUUUUUAACAUGCAUUACAGUCACUUAAUUCCGUUCACUUACUUUCGUACAACAAACGUAUGAAUAGAGAAUCUUACAAUCACAGUCGAUUUGAUGAUGUUAUAUUACUUUGACUUUUGAAUGAUACACGGCCGUAGUAAAAUAGUAAAAAAUUUGGAGGGUUUUUACAAAUUGGAUCACCGAACGUUAAAGAGCUCUAUGGAAUUUUAUGAGUAUUUUUGUCAAAGUAACUAAUGUUUUUUCGCAAAGUUAGUAUCCUUCAAAGGCAUUUCUCGGUAGGUACAAAUUCUUUUUGCAGUCUAAUUUAUUUGUCUGGAAUCUUUUCUUGUUAUAGUCAGUGUUAAUUAGCAAUAAGGGUAUCACUUUCUGUGUAACAAAAUAUUACUGCUUUCAAUUAAGGAAUGCAAUAUGUAAUUUACGUAUUUUCCAAAUAUGUCACAUCAUAUUCAGCGUGUCAAUUUAUUAAGAAGAAAAAAAAUGCUUCUCACAACUUAUAAUUUUAUUUUGUAUUUUUUUAACAUUACCCGUGUGAAGUGUUACUAAGUAAAUUUUUAUAAACAAGAUAUUACAUAUUCCUAGGAGAUCAACUAAUAAUCUGUAGCUGUACAUUAUCGCUUGUAUAUGAUGCUUUAAUGCGUACAUACCUACUUUUGAUGAGGAAUAAUUUUAAACUAGCAUUAUUUGUAAUAUUUAUAUUAUAGUAAAACUACCUACCAUAUCCAAAAUAUAUUGGAUGAGAUUUACAAAAUGGUAGCUGAGACAUCUUAUAAAAAUGUCACACGCACACGAUCUGUAGAUCGAAAUGAUAUAAAAAUUUUAUCCCGGCUCCAUACUAACCUCGAUAAAUUGAAGUUCUUAACAAAAAUCGCAGAACUAGUCACAUGUAGUAUCAAAGUGUAAAUUAGUUGCUGCUUAUCUGAUAUUAUUAACGUCAAACAUUGAUGAUUACUGAAAUGCUCUCAAAAGCCUCAUGCAAAUCACACGGCUUGUGAAUUUUAAUGCAAGAUUAACUUAAUCUCCGGGGUAUGCUAUGUACCAUUAUUUAUUGUAGGUGUUAGGGUUUGAUCACAUAUCAGUAAGAUUUAAAUCUGCAUCCAUAAAUGAUGUUGACAUUCAUUCAUGACUAUAUGUACUUACGUAUAUUGCACUAAUUAUACGGAGCUAGAUUUACACUUUUGAUUGAGAUUAACAUUUUCUUCUCUAAUCAUUCUCAGACCUGCUCAUCUCAGUUUAAAUUUUCUCAUUUACAUGUAUGAGCAUUUUUUUUUCUCGACAUAAUUCUAUUCAAAGAAUAUGAUAAUGAUUAUUUUUCAAUAGCGGCAGCAAUGAUUUCAUGAAAUGGAAAAUUUGCACUGAUACUUGGUGCACGGUUUUUAGAAUUUUUUCAUUGAAUUUACAACAUGUGUAUUUAACAUAUGACUCAAACGAAGGUUUGCUGUAAGAAGUGCGCCAAUCACUUAACUUUGUAUGUCACGUUUUGAAAUACAGUAAUUAGAUAUUAUAUCCAGCCAUGCAUCUAGUCGAGUCAUAAUUAAAGCUGGUUGAAUGAAUCAAUACUGACAGGACAUUCAUUUAACGAGACAGUACUCUGAAACAUUAUUAUUUACUUUGAUUUAUUUAAUUUAAAUACAUUUUUUCACUUUUUUUUAAAAGAAAAUCAAUCAUACUGUUAUAAUCCAAUUUUAUCAUUCACCAGAGAAUUGUCAAUACUUCGGUAAAAUCAAGUUUUUAUGAUUUUUAUUUGAUUCUUAUAACACUGCACGUACUACUAGUUGUACUUACUAUUAAUAUUGGCUGUUUGGGAAUUUAUAUCAAAUUUGUUUGCUCUAUAUUUAAAGUAUAUUUAAGAUUUUGAUACGUAAAGUGAUGCAGAUGGAAAGACUAAUGCAUUUUGCUACUUAUCAUUUAAAACUAAAAUUUGAUACUUUUUAAAUUGUAAAACCCUAAUAUCGUAUGCUAUUUGGUAACGCAUUUUUUCUUCAUCUGCAGUUGAGCAAAUUUUUCGUUUACCGACGACAUUGAAUAUCAUCGCUAUAUUCAUGAAUGAAAUCAUUUAAAAAAUCUGAAUUCUCAUAGGAAACAAAGACUUGAAAUAACAGUUGAGAAGAUUACGACGAUUUGCUCUUAUAACUACCAAUUGAGUGCACAUCAAUUGAGAGCCAAUCAAACUAUACAAUAAUUCAUCAAGUAAUUUUACCCAAUCGUAAUUUUAUGCAUAGCGAUUAUAAAAUCUCUUUAACACUAUAUGUACAUACUUAGAUACUUUGACUGGUGGCAGUAACAAUUGGCCCUUAUGUGUAAAGUAAGGUGUUGUUACUAAUAGACAAUACUUAGCUUAAGCAAAUUAGUGGUCAAGUUGUGUCUUUAAAUCUCUUCAUUUUAUAGAUAUAACAAGUAUUUCCUACAACUAUGCAGUAAACAUCUAACUACAUCUUAAUUCUCAAACAUCUGGCAACUUAGUGUAACUUAGAUUUUUGUUAAACAUUGCCACGUUUCUACAACUUUUUCUUAUACAAGCAAUGCGAUUGAUAAUUUCCGGAAUCGAACAUUGCAGCUUGCAAGUUCAAUUUACUUUGCAGCAUUUUAGGAAAAAUUAGCGAACUUGAAUGUUAAGACCCCCUAGUUCCACCAUUCUUUGAUGGCAAAUCUUAUCGUGAUUGAGAAUUACAAUAUUUUCUGAAGCGUUCGAGUCAAUUCGAACCGUAAAGAGUAGUUUACUUGGUGAUAAAUUUGCGAAAUAUUACCUGUAAGUAUGCUUGAUGCAAUAACUAGCCAGGUACGAGGGCGGAAAAAUUAGGGCAUAAUCAAGUGAUUAGCACAGUAAAUUAAAAUUUAUAAAAAAUUUUGAAUAAUAGGGACGAUCGGAAUUGCUCACACUGUAUUGGAAAAUAUUGCUGUGAGUUCUCUAGAAGAAUUAGAAAUCUUGAGGUAUUAGCAUAAAUACUGAUAUACUCUAUUCAUUUUUAAACUUACAUUUCUCAAGUACAA